AAACAUUCGCGAGGAGUUCGUAAACGUCAAAAAAUUCGCGUCAAGUUAUUUACCCAAAAAAAGAGCAUGAAAUGACGCAGUGGGGAUAAAAAUUAUCAUCAAAUUAUUACCAAAUUUCUCAAACGCACACAACACAAUUCCCCCCAGAAGACAGUGCAAGAAGAAGUUUGCAGGAGACGUUAUUAAAAGACAAACGCGUGUCUUGGCGUACACGAAGAGGGAACAAAAAAAGACGUCGUCGUGGUGAAUGGAGGAGAUCUGGUGGUCAGAGAGUGGAGGAGGUGCAAAGUGAAUUCAUUGUCAAAAAAGAAUUUUUGUAUUAUGUAAAUUUUCAUCGUGAAUUGAUCUGUUUGCUCCGCGUGUUAUGUGCCGUGACUUUCGACAGAGUAUCGCGAGGAUUGCAGCACUUGUGUUGUGGCCAGAAAAUUGGCAAAAUUGUGAAUCAUCAUGAUUGUGGACAGUGGAGGGCAUUUUCUUUCCUUCCCAACAAUCUGAUACUUUGUUGUGGGUGUUUUAUUUGUAGCACAAUCUCUCUCUCUCUUGUGCAAGUGACAGUGACAACGGGCUGCUGUGACGAAGUAAUUCUUUUAAGGGAAAUUCCCCACAGGAGAAGAAGAAUGUAUUGGACAAUACACCUCGAAGGUGGACCUAGGCGUGUUAAUCAUGCUGCUGCAGCUGUGGGGAACUACGUGUACUCCUUCGGGGGCUACUGCGUCGGUGGGGACUACUGUUCCUACGACGUCAUGGAUGUUCACAUCCUCAAUACGCUCAAUAUGCGCUGGUCCAUCGUACCCACGCGCAAGGAGGACUACAAUCAUCCCCUCAAGUACCCCUGGGUGCCCUUUCAGCGCUACGGGCACACAGCUGUUGCCUACAAGCACCUCAUCUACAUCUGGGGCGGACGCAAUGAUGAGAUUGUUUGUGACAUUGUCUUCUGCUUCGACACCAGCACCCACAAGUGGUUUGCCCCCAAAGUCGUUGGCACCAUUCCCGGAGCACGCGAUGGACACACAGCCUGCGUUGUGGGGCACAAAAUGUACAUCUUCGGGGGCUUUGAGGAAUCUCUGGAGCAGUACUCGCACGAUGUUCACUGCCUAGAUCUCGAGACGUUGACGUGGCACUACGUGCAAACCUACAUGGAGCCCCCAUCGUAUCGGGAUUUCCACUCAGCGGUCGCCGUGAGGGAUCGCAUGUACAUUUUCGGGGGGCGCAGCGACAGACGGGGUCCCUACCAUUCUCAGGAUGAACUGUACAACUCUGACAUUAUGUACCUCGACCUCAAGACAAUGCAUUGGCACAUGCCGCGAACCACAGGAAGUGUCCCACUUGGCCGUAGGAGCCACUCUACCUUUGUAUAUAAGAAUCGAAUCUACGUUUUUGGUGGCUACAAUGGCAUCCACGAUCAGCACUUUAACGACAUGUACUGCUUUUAUCCGGAAUUCAAUAUGUGGCAAUUGUUGCAUAGUCGCGGGGAAGUACCACAGGCUCGACGACGUCAUGUGUGCCUAUUGAUUGGGACAAAGCUUUACUUAUUCGGUGGUACCAGCCCCUCGAAGCAAUUGGAACAGUCUGAACAGAGUUUGUGUGAUUUCAACGAUACACACGUGCUGGACUUUGAACCAACCCUCAAAACUCUUGCCCUCAUGACAGUCCUGGAGCACCGAAUUGACCAGUCGUGGCUACCCAGAGAUAUAAAGCUGGAAAUACGGUCAAUGACCACACCAAAUAUCAUCAGUCGUCCACUAAAUAAUACCGGAUAGUUGGACUCUGCUCCUACACAGGACAUAUACAAAGUAAAGGAUGUGUGGCAAAAGGGACAAAAUCAAGUGCUAUAGGAUAUAUUUUUUUUUCAAGAGGAGGAGGAAACGCACAUCGAGAUGAAUUAAUAUUCAAAAUUUUCCUCUUCUUCUCACAGCCCAAUUGAAUUGAACAAAAAAACAGCACCAAAAAGGGGCAUUUAUCUGUUUAAAAAAAAAUUGAUUUUUUUCUUUUACAGCGAUGAAGGUGAUAGUUCUUUGAAUUUUUCUUGUUUAGAAGUUAUUACUUUUAGUUCACCAAUUUAAAUGUGAUUAACAAUAAAGACUAAAAUAAAACAAUAAGUGGAUGUGAUUAGAAAUAUAGAAUUUAUAAAAAAAUGGAGAAGAGAAUUUCACUGAAUUCAUAAAUAUUUCAUUCAAACAGAGGAAAUCGGGGCAAAUUAGGUCAGAGGAAAAGGGUUAAGGAAAUGUUUAAAGAAAGCAGAGUUUCCUGAUAAGCCUCAAUUUCCGCUUGAAUCUGCCCUUCUCCUUGAAAAAUCUUGUGUGAAAAGUUAGUUUGAAUAGAUUUUAGUGUAUGAUUCUUUAAAAAAUAAUUUUCCUAAUUGAAAUUAAAUAUUUUUUAAAAGUUUUUUACAUUAAAACCUCUUCAAUUUACAUAAUUUUCAAUUAAUUUUUUCCAAAGGAGUUUAAAAGCAGAAUUUAUCACAUAAAAAAAAAUUCUUGGCAGCUAGAAAGGAGUUCAUGCACAGACCAUGUUAAAACUUCCUCUAUCGAAGAACAAUUUUGACCCAUUUCAUCUUGUAGAGAAUAAAAAAACAUUGAAAAAUCAUGAGAGAAAUUCCCCAAUAUCCUCUGGGAUAUUACAAGAAAAUUGACACUUUUAUUAAUUAUGCAAAAUUAAUUUGAAAAAGAUGAAAUCCUCCGCGGAAAUUGCGCGACAAGUCUUUGAAACGUUUUUUAUAAGGAUAAAAAUUACAAAUGGCGUCGCAAUAUUUGAUUUUUUUUAACAAUCUUUAUUUGCAUUUUUCUAUGUGAUGCCAGUUGACAUUUUAGAGUUUUUCUCGCAAUUUUUCUAUUUUUUUUUAUUCUCUACAAGUUAGAAUGGGUUAAAAUUGUUCUGCGAUAGUGGAAGUUUUUACAUGGCCCGUGUAUGAACUCCUUUCAUUUCAAAACGUUCAAAUCACAUGAAAAUUAAUUUAAAAAAAAACGAAUAAAUGUUGUAAGAUAGACUUUAGGGAGGAUUUUAGCGAAUUUUGAUCUCUUGAAAUGAUUUUUUUUUCUUCACUAAAAAUCACUUUUGUCGUAUUACAAAAAAAAAAACUUUAAUUAACACGAAUGGUUGUGCUUGAUAAAUGCCCCCUUUGAGUGCACACAAAACCCAUAAUUUUUCUUCAUUAUCACGAACCAAUUUUAUCAAAGAAAAAAACAUCUUCAUUGCGCAAUAAGGACACAUAAAGUCUCCAAAAAGAAAAACAAAUUUGUAAAUAUAAUCGUGUGUAGAAAGUUACAUCAUUUUGUAUAAUAAUUUAUUUUAAUAAGAAAGAAAGAAAGAUAAAAAUGCAGAGAGAUGUUAAUUAUUUAAUAAAAGUUGUUUAUUUAGGCAACAAA